GCCUGCUAGCAUAUCUGCUUAACUACUUUUAAAGAAAGAAAGCGAGCAGCUUUUCAACUGCUCUCUUUCUUAACACCUAAAAGACACAAUACUUGAGUUGAAAUGAUUUUGACACAUCUCUGUGAGACAUGCAGUUAUUCAUAAGCCUCGAUUACUGUUAGCUCUAAUGUAUAACUAGAAAAGCAACCAAACAUGUCCAGAUUGAACAUUUUAAAUGAAUAAGCAAUGCGUUUAAUUAACAAAUCAACAGAUUUCUUUGACUUUGGUAACUCUGCCAUGUGUUGGGUGCUGCCAGUUCAAUUAUUGUCUGGGGUUCCUGCAUUCAGUUCCAUCCACAACCAGCUGGUGUGGCUCCAAGCUCCUGUUCCAGCCAAUCAGCGGCAUGCCUGAUUCAUUUCUGUCUGGAUCGAGGGCAGCUUUUGCUUGCUCCGUUCACUCUGUAUAACAGGGACUACAUCCUGGACUUGUGCCGGCUCUUUGUAGAUAAGGUCACAGAGCACCCGUGUGGAGAGAUAAGCUUUUUCAGCAUCUGUAGAGCACUGAAAUACCUCUCUGGAGGACGGCAGCGGGAGCUUGUUCUUGUUUACAGGAACAAUAAUAACCUGUGGACUGUUUGGCUGUGUUCCUAACUGUGUACUUCAUCAUGCCAAUAGCAACUCUUUGCAUUCAACAGUGAAAAAGAAUCUGUGCUGACUGGGUUGUAUUUUUACAUGAGUGGUUGCUUGGCGGGUAAAAAUGAAAAUAGCUGCUUGAAAGACCCAGGAUUAGAGAUAAUACCAACAUACAGAGCCGGCCUACUGCAAACAGUGAUCCAAUCCAGAUCUUUUGCCUUUUUUUAGUUCAUUGCUACAGCUUCAUCUGUGUGGGAUAGACCCGGGCAAAGUGGCUGUUCCUAAGCAACUAAGCAUCUAACGUGACGCCCCAGUGAACCAAUUGCAUCCUUGCUGGGUGAUGGGUGUUUUCAGAUUUUCAGAUUUGGAAUGCAUUUUGUAAAAUGUGAGUUUGUAAAGUUGCAGAAAUAACCUUCUAUGGACAACAGUUGCAUAUUAAAAUGAGAGCAAAAUUGAUUGCAGGUAUACCAGUAUUCCAGUACUCUGUUAUUUCUAUUUUAUGGUAAGCUGUGGUUGAAAACCAGGAAUAUUUUAACUUAAAAUUUAACUCUGGCUCAUCCAACUUCAUAUAAAUUUGCAAGUUUGUUUUUAGGAAAUAUUAUGUAACAUUCCUCUAUUUUAUCCCCUACAUGUCCCAACUGCUCUGUUUUCUUUGUACGCCAUCUAUCAUCAUGUCCGGUGGCUAUUUGGGUCAGUGGUCGAUACCGUUGCAGAUGAGGUGACGCAUGCCACGUAUUGUGCAACCAGCCAGUGUCACAAUAAAUUCAAACUAAAUCAAGCGUGAACUGCCGGGAUCAAAUCCGCUGACAGCAUGCUAAUUCUGGCCGUGGGCUUCUCAAAAAAGAAAAAGUUAGCCAGUGGCCUGUGAUGGCCGACGCAUUUAGCACUACUGGUUGGUAUUGCAGGCAGGACGAAUCAGCACCUGGCCUUGAAGUCACAAGGCCUAAAUCUACCAAGUCCCUAAAGCAGAGCAGCAACAGGAUGGCCUGGCAGCGGCCGUGCUAAAAUAACCCUCCAAAAACAGCCUUGUAAACACUUUCCCUGUGUCUUUUGUAAUUAUAACCCGGAGAUGCGGGUGACGACAGUCACUCACAUGGAGACGGCAAAUGGCGGAAUAAAUCUGACAUUAUGACACUGGAUACCAGGCCGGGUGACGCCGCUGUGGAAAUAGCAGGAGGCACUAUAAAGUCUUGCUGCGACGGGGUUGUUUACCUUGAAGAGAGGCACUUGCCCUGGGGGCGUGGGGCCGGACGUGGGACAGCUUUAAAAUCCAAUCCGCUGGACUUUUUUGACGUCACGUCAGAGGGGAGCUGGAGGGGGGACUUUAGAACAGCCGGUAGAGAGCACAGAGCUGUUGGCCGAGGUGGAACUGAGAGGACAAGAGUCAGUUCAACCACAUAGAAACUUUUUGAGCGGAUAACGGAUUAAAUUCUUCGCUGCCUUUGGCUGUUCUUUGUUUUUACUUUCUAGACGUCACAGCAGAGACCACCUGCCUUCAGUUGGCCUAAGAACUUCACUGUCCCACCAUACCAUUUUUGAGAACCUGCUGGUUCUCUGAGUCACUUUGUGUGGAGGGCCAGUGGAACACACACACAGUGUGAUGGCAGCCCUCGAGCUUCAGUGUGGGCUGGAUCAUGGGGGAUGUGUGUGGGGGGGCGAGCGUGUGGACCUGCUAGACUCCUUCGACUCUGAGAUGCAGGAAUGGGAGGAGCAGCUGCAGGACAUGCAGAGGAAGAUUGAAGAGUUAUAUAAGGAGGUGGAAGCUCGCAGAGGAGCCACUGAGACCAGCCCUAACUCCAGCACAAACACCACAAACCUGGACAUCACCUUGCUUCCUGUCAACACUGCAAAUGACUAUCAUGUCAACAGCUAUAAUGGCCUGGCCAGGUCUCAUAACAGCGACAGGGAGCUUCGUCCAGUUGGUCCAUGCAGCGGAAUGAGUAAUGAUGUCCGGGUGGGGAACGGCAAAGCCAUUAAUUACUCCAGUGAUUACACUGAUGGUUUGGUUAAUCUUCAUGGCUAUGGCUUCCGCUGCCCUAAAAGCUACCAGAGUAAUGGAGGUCAAGAUGUCACCUUAGACAUUCUGAAUGGAUACCUCAGCCAGGGAUCUAAUUUCACACCAAGCCCCAGCAAUCCUGGACCUCCAGAGACAAGCUCGAGAGGGAAUCAGAGUGUUUACUGUUAUCAGGACAGUAAUAAACAGUGGCCCCUGACUGGCAGUAUUGGCUGUGCGGCUGAGGUUGAAGAAGCGGAGAACAGAAAGAACAAAUGCUUGGGUACUGACGAAGCUCGAGUCCGACACGUCAGCUGGAAAGACCCCGUAUGCGCCAAAGAGCCGUCCCCAGAGAAAUCAGUCAGUAAGCCUCCUUUCAAACAGAGGGAUGGCCCUCCAACCCCUGUCCUUGCUCGUGCCACCCACUUCACAGAGCCACCACAACAACAGGACAGAAAGUGCCCUUUGGUGGACAGGAAGUGCAGUGGCAGCCCGUCAGUGUUGCGCAAGUUUGGCGCCAUGUUGCAAGAGAACGAGGGGAAGACCCUGGUACAGGACGGCACAGUCACCACUGUAAUCCCAGUCGAGUCCCCAAAAGCCCAGAACACUCCAGUCUGCCAACGAAAGUUUUCUGUCAGCAGGGCGUCCACACAUGCAGAGUCCAGUCAGGAGCAUCUGAGGGCAUCUGCCGCUUCAAGCCCCCGACACAAUGUGGUCCAAAGUGGAGAACAUUGGGGGUCUAAUUACAGCACCAACCAUUCGUACUCUCACACAAAAGCACCACACCGGUUGGAGGCCGGGGGAAACAGGAAAAUGGGUUUUCAGGGAAACUCUGGGCAGUGGGGAUCCCAGGCAGUGGACAUGCAGGCUGACUACAGGAUGAUGGAAAGGAUCCUGGGUGGCUGUGCUGGUUCUCAGUACCAGGGAAAAGGAAAUGGUGCUGAUAUUAACCAGAGAAAGGACAACAGGGGUCCAUUUCUGGAUGCAAUGUCGGGGGAACAGCAGUAUACAAGCAGCCAGAGAAGCACACAGCAGGUCAAUCACCAACCAUCUUCAAUCCCUCCCAGAAGUUUUUCACGCCCUGCUCGGCCAGCAAACCAACGGCCUCCGUCCCGAUGGGCAAGCCACGCCCCCACGUCAAAAAUCACCACACCCUCUGGCCCCAUGCACCGCCCACCUAGCCCUGCCCGCAAAGCCAAGCAGCCCUUUAACAACUUCAGCAACUUCAACAACAGCGUCAAUCUAUACACAGAAACAGUCAUCAUGUGACCGUCAUGUGAGCUCCUUCCUGGAUGGACAGAAUGACUCAUUUCCACCCCUGACCUUUCUAUACGACUGAGCAUCAUCUUUUCCUGUCCCACCUCCCUCAAAUACACACACACAACCUUCACCCCCACCUUCAGUGUGUCUGUCUCUGUAAAUAUCCCUUGUUUUCUUUAAAAGCCCAGUCAAGAAGAAUGGUCAGCUAAAAGGAGGAACUGGAGACUUACCUACUGUGCUUUUCUUUAAAACCUUUAAAAUCCAUUACUGUAAAAACGACAAACAAUCGCCGGUGUACGUAAAGACCGCACUGGUGUAGAUUUGGAUGUGACACAUUUGUGGACUGUGAAACUGAUCUAAGGUGGCCUGAUACACUCCUGUGCCUAUACGCCCUUCCAUUAGCCUUUCCGGCCAUCGCCAUUUCUUUUCUUUUCCUUUCUUCAUUUCUAUCAUUCUCAUUUUUGUAUUGUUUUCUCUCUCUCUUUUUUUCUUUUCACUAUUUAUUUCUCUUUUUUUUUUGAGUGCGUGGUUGCCGUGGUGCCAUCCCGUUGGCAUUUAUCUGCAGCUACAUGACGAAGCCUGUACAAAGCAUGCACAGUACACAGCUGCAGCACGUGGUAGUUUGUAACUCCGAUGCAGUUGUGGUGUGAUGAGCAAGUGCAAAAAAAUUAACAGUGUGCCAUUGUUUUUUUUCAGUGUCCUUUUAAAACCAUUUAAAGCCAUACGCUGGAGUUUCAGACUGAAGAUCAGCAGGAAAGGCCCAGUCAAGUGGAAUUGCAUUUUUGCAUUUUGAAGGAAUUUGAUGCAGACAAGUGAAGAGAGAAUAGACUUAGCGUCAUGUUCAGUUUUGGUGAACUUUGACACACUUACAUACGGUACGUCUGUAACCAGUUGCACUACUAAUUUUAUCCUUAUUUUAGCACCAACCAGAAUCAUUUUUUCUCCAGUGGCUAUUAAUAAAGAUGAUGGAUGAUACAACAUCAGUCAAAAUCAGUAGAUUUGUUGUUUUUAACUACAGUGAUUUAUAAACUGUUGGCUAUUUUGUUGGCUAACAGCUAGCUGCUUAGCUAAUCAAGCUAUACAGAGAAGUAAUGCAACAGCAGUUGUAGUUGUAGCUGCAUUUUAGCAUCAAACUUUUGUAAGCGUAUGAUUAACAGGGUUGUUUUGUUUGUCAGCUUAGCUCCUUUUCUGACUCCAGAUAUUUCAGUUACCUUGCUUUAAUGAUUUAAUGAGGGUUGUUACCAAUUUUCUAUGCUUUACUUUGUUUACUUUUAAGUGUUUUUACUGUUUACACUGUUUACAGCCAGCCGUCUUGAUAACUACUAAUUUAGCACUUCAGCUAAAGUCUCGUCAGUUACAUACAGCGCUGUCCUCUGAAGUUAAUAUAACAUAUACCUAUCUGGUAUUAUUAAAUAUGUUGACAUUUGUGUUUAUAUUGUAUAUAGUUGAUGCCAGAGCUAGAUAGAUAGCUUGCUAACUGCAACAGAACGGAGGAACUCAUCGUCAUUGAUCCAGCUUUGGAUAAAAAAUGGAAACAUAAAGAGCCACUUAGUGAUCUUUAUUGUUAAUAAAAAAUGAGUCUGUAGUCAAACAGUAAAAAUAAAUGAGAAAAUCUGUGGCAGAGUCUUAAAUAUUAGAAAUAUGACAAAAUAAUUUAAUUUAAAAAGUCUGAUAGCUGUUAGAGUGAGAGAAUGAGUAUGGCAGUAUGAAGAUGGCAAUAAGUAAGUAAGUAAGUAAGUAGACCUUUAGUCUGAAACAGUCAGUAUGGCUUUAAGUGUUUAGUACUGUAACUAUGCUUUUAUACCAUUGUUGUGUGGAAUUUUCCAUAGACCUUAGCAGACAGAAUGCGUCUGCGUCUCAGCCUUCUUAUGAAGAACUCAUCCGGAUCGCCGUCUCCCUUCAGUUCAGCACCCCCUGAGAGGUGAAUGAUCUGUUUUGAAUGGAUAAUCGCAAAAGAAGUGGCUUUUAAAACGGCGAUGCAACGUCUUGAAAGACUGUCGCUGUCAAUGUUACUGUAAUGUGAUGUUUUAUCUCAUAUUUUUCUCCUCUAAUAAAUGCUUUAAAGUGCUU